AUGCGAAUCCAUUGCAUCACGUCUGUAGCAAUUGCGCUUCUUACCGAAGUUCCACUGGUACUGCGCAUAUACGCACUGUAUAACAAAGACAGCCGAAUACUUACUCUACUAAUAUCAUGUCUCGUUGCAACAACCAUCAGCGUAAUCGGCAUCAGUGCAAAACUCAUGCACUCCGAACAGAGCGAAAUCGUCCAUUUCGCGUCAGCAUCAAAUCUGAACGUUUGCAUCUUGACAGAAGCAUCUAGCAUAUACAAGGUCUUCUGGGUCCCACUCCUAUUGAACGAAGCUCUGCUCGUAUCCCUGGCUUUGAUAAAGUGGUUCCAGAACCUCAAAGUACAUGGCGUGCAAGAUUCUGCAAUGAAUGACAUGGUGAAAGAUUCUGUCUUGUACUUCUUUGCGACUUUCCCAUUCCUACUAUUCAUCCUACUCACAUGGACCUUUGGAGGUACAUUAUUCUUGGAACUACCAGUUGGUUUCGCCGUCGUAAUGGGUAGCAUCAUGUCUCAAAGGCUGCUCGUCAACGUUCGAAAAUACCAAUUCGGACAUCCAUUCGAUGUCCUUCGUGCUCUCAAAGGACAGUCAUUGAGGGACACGCGAAGAUUCACAAUUGCGGGUUGUAUCAUUGCAGCUGGGAACUUCGACUAG